AAAAUGUAUUCCAGAAGAGGCCUUGCCUUAAAGAAGAGCAAACAGAAGAAUAAAGAAAUAUUUGAUUACACAAAGCUCAAGAUGAGUAAGACUAUCACGCAGAAGGAAGUAAUUAAUGGAGAGGUUCAAACAACACAGUACCUCAAGACUGAUCUUCUUGGGAAAGGAGGUUUUGCAAAGUGCUACAAAAUGGAGAACUUAAGCACUAAGAAGGUAUAUGCCGCAAAAACAGUUGUUAAGAAAACUCUGUUAGAGGGUGAUAAAUAAGGAAAAAUUGGAUAGAGAGAUCAGCAUCCACUCCUCUCUUUCACACCCAAACAUUGUCGAUUUUUAUUACAAUUUUGAAGAUAAGGAAAAUAUCUACAUUAUGUUGGAUUUGUGCAGCAACAAGAGUCUUUUUGAACUUCUGAGAAGAAGAGGCAGGCUUAGCGAAAUGGAAGUCAGAUGAUACACUGCCCAAAUAGUGCAAGCUCUUAUAUAUCUGAAGCAAUCAAAGGUCCUCCAUCGUGACCUUAAGUUAGCCAAUUUGUUUCUUGACGAAAAAAUGCAGAUAAAACUUGGUGAUUUUGGACUAGCUACCAGAAUCUGUUCUCCAAAGGAUAGAAGAAGAACUAUUUGAGGUACUCCAAAUUAUAUUGCUCCGGAGAUAAUGGACCCUAAGAUAGGCCAUUCGUAUUCAGCAGAUCUUUGGGCAUUAGGAGUUGUAAUGUUUACUCUCUUGACAGGCCGACCUCCCUUCCAAGCAUCCACUUUAGACGCUACUUACUCUAAAAUCAAAAGACUUGAUUAUCGGUUUCCAACAAUGUGAAACCACUCUAAAGAAUGAAAAGAUUUAAUUUCAAAAAUAUUUUCAAAGGAGUCUAAUAGGAUCCAGCUCGAAGAUAUCAUGGAUCAUGAUUUCUUCAACAAGAAAUAUCCUGAUUUGAUGCCAAAUUCAACAUUGCUAUGUCCUCCAUCUAUAAGCUAUACAGAAAGGCUGGAGAAAGAUAAAAUAUUCAAAACCAGAGCUGAAUCUUUGCCUAAAAAUAUCUAUCAUUCGCACUUACUAGCCUACACUGCAAGACCUGAGCAGAAGAGUAGUGAGUUCAAGGAGAAGAAAGAUGUUGGAAGUAGCUUCUGCAAUAAUAUGCAGAUGCUGAAGUUCAACAAUAUUCAGGCCAAGAAGAAUUCUAUUGCUCCAUCAGCUCUCAUCAAGGUAGAGAAAAAGCCCACUAAGGAUUCCCCCAACAAGAGGUUGGUCAAAGGCAACUUUGAAAAACUGCGUAAAAGGAAUAUUAAGAAUGUUGAGAAGAAAAUUGCCUUUCAGAACGAAAUAUUCUCUGCAAAGCCAAGCAUUUCUUCAGUAAAGAAGUUAUCGAUUGCGACUCUGAUAAAGACUGUAACUCCUAGUACAUCUGCUUGUUCCAAUGCCAAGAACAAUGGUACUAUUGUUAACAAGAAGCAGAAGGGAGGCAAACAAAAGAAAAUGUUUCAGUUAAAAUCUAAGAAUUUUAUGAGUGAAACAGAGAGACUCUCUGUCCGUUCAAAUAAAAACAGAGAAAUGCUUCUUCAAAGCUCCAAGAAAGCUAAGGAGAAGAUUGUAUUCAAACUAGAGACUGGAGAUAUAGGAUUUCUACUUCCUGGAGCAAGCCAAUUUAUCAUAUCCAAGGACCUAUUCCAGAUAUAUGUUAAGCCGAGUCUUCAGAAUGAAGAUAAAACAGAAGAGCCUGGAAAGUUAUAUGACAUUAAUAAUCUUCCUGAGGAUAUAAAUAGUAUUCCAGGUGUUGAGAAGUUGAUAUUCAACUUAAUUUCAAUCGUCAAUGCAGAGAAUACACCAGCUACAGAUAAGAAACCUGGUCAAAUUGAGGAACAUUUCCUAGAAAAUGCAGCUAAAGUCCGACUAAACACUAUCAAGAAUAAGCUUGAUAAGUCAUGUAGCACCCAAGUUUGAAGAAAAACCCCUGAUAUAUGAAUCAAGCCGUUAACUUCAUACUUCUCAGAAAACAGCCUCGCUAGCUCUUUGAAGAAGCAGAAUGCCAUGAAUGUCCUGGUUUAUGACCAAAAGGAACAGAAGAAGGUGAAAUAUAUUGUGAAGAUAUUUAAAUCUCAAAAAUGUUACUGCAGAGCUUGUAAUCGUACUACAAGAAAAGUUAAAAGGCCUUCAAAUUAUGAAGAUUCUAAGAAUUCUGUGAUUGAAAAGGAGUUCUUUAAGAAGAAACCAAAGAGAAAAUGAAUCAAUAAGGAUCAUAGCUCCUACUCGAUUCUCUCAAGAAAAGAGUUUAUAAAUGACACUAAGAGUGACAAGACAAAGACUCUUAGCGCCCAUGUUCCAAAGAUUUAUAGUAGGAAGCAGAGCAAGAGAUUGAUCAUCGACAACCAGCUAUCAAUUUUGUCUCUUUCAAAGCUGACCAGCCCUGAUAAGACCUCAAGAGAAAAAUUCACCAUGAUCAAUGCAUUUGAGUAUAACACAAAAUCCAAGAAGACGAAAAUGAUUACUCAUGCAAGUUCUGAAUCCAAGAUGAUGCAAUUCAAAAGAACUAAAGACAUAAGAAACUGUUUAAGCAGUAUCCAGAAGAAGCCAGCGAAAGAUAUGGGAGGCACCACUUUUGACUGCCGGAAAUCCCUUGUCAUAGAUAUAUAA